AAAAGAUAAAGUAAUAAGUGAGUCGCUACUUGAUACGGAAAGGUUCCUUGUGGCAAACAAAAGAGAACAGCAGUUUGGGUUCCUGGAUUUGGAAGAAAAUUCUAAAAUUCAGAAAUCUAGCUUGUGACUUAACCAAAGUCGAAAUCAGAAGUGGAACACAAACGUCAUUCUGGUACGAUACAUGAUCGCAACUGGGACGAAUAAUUGAUAUCACAGGCUCUCGGGGAUGUAUAGACCUGGGUAUACCUAUAACUGCUACUGUUGAAGUUGCUGUUCAAAGGUAUCGAAGUCGCAUGCAUAGAGUUGUUCAGCUGGUUGAUAUCGAGAAUGAGAUACUGAAGCUAAGACUGCAGGGCCUGAACUCAGACACUGAUAUCAGGCUGUGGAGAGGAGUUGGAGAUUUAUUUAAGCCUAAGUUUGAUACGCACCAGACAUGGCAGCUGACAAGAGAGCAGACGCCACGAGUUCAUUGGUUCAACGCUGUAUGGUUUCGAGGAGCCACUCCUAAAUACUCUGUUAUCACAUGGCUAGCAGUCCAUGACCGCUUGGCAACAGGAGCACGAGUUCAAAGAUGGAGUCCGCAGACGGAUGCUCACUGUGUCUUAUGCUCAGGCCAUUUGGAAACUCGAGAACAUCUGUACUUCAGUUGUUCAUAUUCAAAGAAGAUUUGGAGGGACUUAACAGCUUCUCUGAUGGGAUCAAGGUAUACAGAGGUCUGGAGCAGCAUUCUUGAAAUCUUGGCCGAGAAUAGAAGGAGCAGCACUGACUGUUUCUUCUCCGAUAUGCUUUCCAAUGCUCUAUUCAUACCAUAUGGAGAGAGAGAAAUGGAAGAAAACAUGGAGAAGCUCACCAGACCUCGACGUCUCUGCUGAGUUUCAUUGAUAAGGGAGUGAGGAAUCGGAUUUCAUCCAUGAGAAUAGGAGGGAGUCAGCGGUAUACGAAUGAUCUAACCACCUGGUUUGCAGCUAGGUGUACUUAAUAGAGUUAAAAUUUUUAUCGGUUGGGUAGAGAUUUAUUAAACAAACUCAGAAUAAGUCACACAUGAUGUAAAAACGUUUUUUUGAUUCCAAUAAAUUUAACAUUCUUUCAAAAAAAAUAAAAAAUAAUAAGUGAUGUGCUUUGAGACCAAAUAUCUGACCAAAUAAGAUGCGACGAACUGUCAAAGUAUUUUUAAUAUACAGUCUAGAAAGUCGCUGGUAUAUCAAUCAGUUAGCGAAUUAAUUAACUCAGACACAGAGUCGUUUGAGGGUUUCUACGUUGGUCCUAUUUUAGCAAAAGAAACAUUUGGUUAGGUCUGAAAGGUUAACAAAACAUAUCAAUAUAUUUUUUAUUUAUUUAUUAUACGUGACCUGCAAUUAAACCACAGGUCCCCAACAUCUUUACCAAACUCUCUCCUUCUUCACCAGUCUUCAAUCUUUUAAAACUGUUAUGAUAUUAUUUUUUUUGGUAAAAAUUGUUAUGAUAUUCUCGAAAGCUAGAAGCAUGUUAGUAUCUUGUAACAGCCAUUAGCUAUACCAAAGGAAUACGGUUGGAAUCUAUUAAUCAAGACUGAUUUCAACAAAUCCUGGAAUAAACAAAAUUUUCAUUGUCUGGACUCCCGUGUUUUGGACCUACUAUUCUCUUUAAAUUAAAAAAUUGAUUUGUGGUAAUGUAAGAUUAAUGUGACAAAGUUGAGAAUUAUUUCCACAUGAGACAGCAACGAUUUUCUCUUUCACAAUUAUCACUUCAUAUAGGAGAAACACUAACACGUUUAAGUUUUUCUCAUCACCUUUUACGAAAACAUUUCAGCCUUUUUGCAAACUAUAAACGUAGAAUCAAAACAACAUUUUUUUUUUUGCUAAAAAUACCAUAAAACAAACAACAACAAAAUAUUGCUGUCCACUGGCUACACGGAUAUUGAGUCUAUCCGUGGACUGUACAUCCACCCGGGGGUUAGGUUGUGUCAUCAUUCGGGUUUGAUCUUUUUUUUAGCAAAAAAAAAAAUAUUGCUGCGUUUAACUGUAAUUUCAAAAUGAAAGUAUUUUUUAAUAUACAAGUACACUAUUCAAUCUGCACCGUAAAUGUAUAUUUGUUGUGUCAUAUAUUGUACGUAGGACUUCCACUUUGAAUCAUGCUCUAGAAAUUAUCAAUAUAUUUCAAGCUACUGGAUAUAGUUUUUUUGGCUAUAAAUUAUUACAUACAUAUAUACGGUUAUGUGAUUAAAAUAUGUAGCUUGUAGAAGAGUAUGCAAACGUAGAUGAAGUAUUGGUGGCUGAAGUAGAGGGCUUAGGUUAGAAUAACCAAAUAUUUUUAAGAGUAGACGUUGAAUGUUUAACGAAAAUCACCCCACCAAGCAAUCUCUCAUCUCCUUGUGUAAUCUCUUUUCCUCUUUUAUUAUUUUCGACAUAAAACAUUCCAAAUAAACGAAAUCGAUAGUGGAAAUGUUAUAAAUAAAAAUAAAAUAUAUGGAUUUUUUGUAAAAAUGCAGAUUACUUAAAAGGAGCGUCUUUGGUUAGGGAAGACGUUGGCAUCAAUCGCCGGUGAAAACGUCCCUCCAAACUCUCCAUCACUCUCUAACGAAUCUUAAAAUAUUAAUUUAUUCCAAUUCUCCAUUAUAAGUAUACAUUUAUAUGUAUGGUGCUGUUGGUCUUCAGCUUUCUUCUUGUUCCUACAUACCCAUCUUCCCUCACCUACAUCAAACCUAGGGUUUCUUAUAUAGAUCAACAUAUACAAUAGACAUCUAUAUAUAUAUAUGUAUUUGUGAUUAACCAUAAGAUCAGAGAGACAGGAAAAGGAUAAUAAAGAAUGAUGUGCAGCCGAGGCCAUUGGAGACCUGCAGAAGAUGAGAAGCUAAGAGAACUUGUCCAACAAUUUGGUCCUCAUAAUUGGAACGCCAUAGCUCAAAAGCUCUCUGGUCGAUCUGGUAAGAGUUGUAGAUUGAGAUGGUUUAAUCAACUGGAUCCUAGAAUUAACCGAAACCCUUUUACGGAGGAAGAAGAAGAAAGGCUUUUAGCGUCUCACCGGAUCCAUGGGAACAGAUGGUCCGUGAUCGCAAGAUUUUUCCCCGGUCGAACUGAUAACGCCGUUAAAAACCAUUGGCACGUUAUUAUGGCUCGUCGUGGUCGAGAACGGUCCAAGAUGCGUCCACGUAGCCUUGGCCAUGAUGGCACGGCGGUUGGGCCAGGGAUGAUGGGAUAUAAAGACACUGACAAGAAGAGAAGAUUGGCAACCACAACAGCUAUCAAUUAUCCUUAUAGUUUCUCUCAUAUCAAUCAUUUUCAAAUCCUCAAAGAGUUCUUGACUGGAAAGAUCGGGUUUUGCAAUAAUGCCACUCCAAUUAAUGAAGUAGACCAGACUAAAAGACCGAUGGAGUUCUACAAUUUUCUCCACGUUAAGACGGAUUCGAAGAAACCUGAAGUGAUACACAAUUCAAGAAAAGACGAAGAAGAAGAUGUUGACAGUUGUGUUCCCUUCUUCGACUUUUUGUCUGUUGGAAACUCUGCCUCUCAUCAGGGUUUAUGUUAAUUAGUUUGUCGUACCACAUGUACUAUAUUCAAGGUGGAUCAUAUGUCAAUGACAUCUAGAACUUACUAAUCAGUUAGAGCUCUUGUUUGAGCCAAAUGUGAAAAUUAGACCGCCAAACUUCUUCUUGUAUAUCAAACCUAAGAUUGUAUUAGUUUUCUAUAUUUCUUCUAAGAAUGCUUAGUCCAGAAUA